ACUGGUAAUCAAUGGGAAAAAUGCACCUCACAUUGAUCACAAAAAGAUGGCAGCAGGGGCGCACUGACAACUCAUGGGACCCCCGGGCAAUAGGGGAUCAUGGGGCCCCUGUGGCCUUGUCCAAACUCAAAAAAGCCUAUGAAAAAGGUACCAGGGGCAUCUCAUGGGGCCCCCUACUGACCCCGGGCCCUCGGGCAAGUGCCCGAGUUUCCAAAUGGUUAGUCCGCCCCUGGAUGGCA